AUGCUCUGUCCAUACCCGAACCGAGUUGGCCCAGUCCACCAGCCUCCCCGCCGGAGUCGACCAGACCGCGGCUCGUGCAUCACGUUUUCCGCUGGGGAGUGGGCAACGCCUUUCGGGCGCACUCAAAGAACAGGUACGGAUGUCAACUGUCGCUGUUGCAGUGUCUGCAGGUUCCGGCCGACCCACGCCGAGAGAAACACCGCAGUGUCGCUGUACGAGGGGUACUUCGACUGCGACAGGAAGUUCCAGCACUGCAAAAUCGCAUACGACCGGCUGAAUGAGCAGUGGGAAGUGCUGUGGACGGAGUUCGGCAAGCUAAACGGCAAGCCGUUCCCCGUGAAGAAGUUUGGCGUCGAGGCGUCGAAGGCCGAGAGCAUCGCCUUCGCCGAGGAACUGGACGUGAGGCACACAUUUAUGCAGCGUCGGCUAAGCGAAGAGCUCAAGGAUAACCCGGAGCCGCCAAAGAGUGCGUUAUUUGCAGAGCCCGGAGUCACCUUCGACCACACACUCCACUGCUGGGUCGCCUUAGGCCGGGUGCGCGGGCGACCCGCUGCACGCGCCUUCUCCGCAGAUUACCACGGUUACGAGGGCGCACUUAAGCGUGCGUCUGACUUUAGAACCGGCUGA